AUGCUCAGUGGUGGUGGCGGUGAUGCGGACCUGGCCAACGCCGCGGCGCGGGGCCAAGUGGAGGCCGUGCGGCAGCUCCUCGAAGCCGGUGUGGAUCCCAACAGACUCAACCGCUUCGGGAGACGCCCGAUCCAGGUGAUGAUGAUGGGCAGCGCCCGAGUAGCCGAGCUGCUGCUGCUCCACGGCGCGGACCCCAACUGCGCGGACCCCGCCACGCUCACCCAACCGGUGCACGACGCCGCCAGGGAGGGCUUCCUGGACACGCUGGUGGCCCUGCACCGAGCCGGGGCGCGGCUGGAUGUGCGCGAUGCGUGGGGCCGCCUGCCCGUGGACCUGGCUGAAGAGCGGGGCCACCGCGACGUCGCCGGGUACCUGCGCGCGGCUGCAGAGGGCACGGAAGGCGGUAGUCAGGCCCGCGCAGACCCCGCGGAAGGUCCGGCAGACAGCUCGGACCUAAAGAAUCAUUGA